GAGGCGAGGAAGGAGAAAUCCCAAUGCCAUCGGCCCCGCCCCGGUUGGGGCCUUGUCACUAGUUGCCAGGGCUCCUGCUGCUGUUAGUUAGUUAAUUAAUUAAUUAAUUAGUGGUUCUGAAGGUUCUGCCAGGGCUCGGGUAGCAGUAACCGUAGAAGUGCGGACAAUUACGGCCGGUUUUCUUUAGCGCUCAUGGAUCGCACCUGUCGCUUGAGUUACCGCUCAUGAGUGCCCCGAUCUCCCGCACGGCUGGCCAGGCCAGCCCGGCUGCCAGGGGCUUCGUGCGCCCCGCUGUAAUUCAGGAGAUUCCAGACCCGUCGUUUCUGUCCCUCAGAUAACUCUGCCUGCAGUGACAUUUAGAGGCUGGGUGGGAGCAAGCGCCGGGAAGCUCAGCACGGCUCAGGCAGCAGCAGAAUCCUUCAGCCAAAUUAUGCUGUUUUGCAGCUUUGUCCCUUGCACACAGAUAUUUACCCACUUUUUAAAAUAAUCCAAUAAACUGGAUUCUUCUCCAAAUUUUCUUCACAUGAGGUUGCAGUAAGAAACUUGAUGUCAUUUAAGCAGGACAAUUAAAACCCCGAGGAAAUAUUAGACAGGCCAUAGAGAUAGAAUUACUUGCUACAAAGAAGCCUCACCGCACUACAAUGUAAUGACGCCCUUACUUGCAACCAUUUCAGGAUGUUGUUGCAGCAAAAUGUAUUUUUGCCUUGAUUUUUAACCAUGCAGAUUAAUUGCUGGACCUCCAAAAUACAAAGAGAAGUAUCUUGAAAUGCCUAGUAUUCAGCUGUGGAUUUUGGAGCAUGAUGAAAAAUGGGAACUACGUCUGACUGCUGCAGAGGGCUCGGCGAUGAUCCCUUGAAAGCACUAGGAUGCCUGGCUGCUUUAAAAAGACAUUAUUUGGCUUGGCUUCCCUAAUAAGUUUUGUGUCUUUUAUCUUGAUUGUUGUUGCAAUGGGGAUCCCAAAGUGGAUGACUGGAAAGAUCCUUUGCAAAACAGGGGCGGAUUUGGUCAAUGCCACAGAUCCAGAGCUGGUCAAGUUCAUUGGAGAAAUUUACUAUGGACUCUUUCGGGGUGGCAAAAUACGCCAAUGUGGCUUGGGCGGGCGGCGUUCCAAAUUCACAAUUUUCCCACACAUGGUGAAAAAGUUGAAUACAGGCCUGCAUGUGAUGAUCAUAAUGUUCCUCUGUGUGGCCAUUUUCUUUUCUCUGGUCAGUUUUGGAUUCUGCAUUCUUAACGCAAUAAAAGUUCCUUACCGGGCUAUUAAUGGUCCAGCAGGAGCAUGCCUUUGGAACUUCCUUGCAGGUGGAUUUGUAGUACUUGGAGCCACCAGCUUCAUGGCUGCUGUGAAACUCCAUCACCUCACAGAAAGAAUUGCCAAUUUUCGGGAAAAUGUCUUUCGGUUCGUUAUCUUAGAAGAACACUUUGAAGACUGUUUUUGGAUUUGUGUGGCAAGUGCCACCGCACAUGCAGUGAAUUUGCUGCUAAUAGCCAUUAGUGGGAUUCAUUUCCCUAAAAUUAAGACUAAAACAGAAGAAGUGAAUGUUACGGCAGAAGAUAUCAUGUACUAACAUAUCUACACAAAACUAUUUUGGUCAAGUGAACUGUUGUGACAGGAACAGCUUCUUGGCUCUUCAGCCUUUGUUUUGGAUAGACGAUUUAUGUACAAACCUUAGUAAAAAUGUCAGUCUACAAUACCAGCAACUAACACGUCUGUGAAAAAAAUAAAAAAAAAUCUAAAUGCUAUAAAUAC